CUUCAUCUUCAUCUUCAUCUUCAUCUUCAUCUUCAUCUUCAUCUUCAUCUUCAUCUUCCUUCACAGGAACAGGGAACAGGAACAGGAACCAAAUAACCAAAAACUGAACACUGAACGAAACACAAAAAUUCGAAAUCGUUUUGUUGUAGUUGUAAAAUAAUUAUAGGAGUAGAUAAAAUCAAGUGUACUCAAAUGGAAGUCAAACAAGAAAUUAGUCAGGAAUGCUGUAAAAUAGAAAUAGAUUAUAAUGACUUGGAUUAUGCUCUUUUGGAUGGCUUUAAAUGUGAAAUUCAAGAGGAGUCCAAUAGAGAAAGUACUCAUGGCACAUAUGAUUCUUUAGACUUUGAAGAAAACCAAAAAACUGAAAAAGGUUAUCUCCAAGAUGUAAACAAAAUGGACGUUAUGGAGAAACUCAUUGUAGAUUUAUCUUACGAAGAAAAUUAUAUAAGUCAACACAUUGAAGGAAAAACAUUACAUGAAAAUAUGAAAGUUGUGACGGGAAAUAGACCUUAUAAAUGUGAAAUUUGUUUUAGGCAGUUUUCCCUCAAAUGUUCUUUAAAAACACAUUAUAUGAGAGUACAUACUAAGAUAAAACCAUACAAGUGUGAAAAUUGUUUUAAGCAGUUUUCUCAGAAAAGUCAUUUGAAUAGACAUUUGAAAUUGCACACUGGGGAAAAAGUUUAUAAGUGCGAAAUUUGUUUUCAGCAAUUUAGUAAAGCAGAUAGUUUGAAAACACAUUUAAGAGUGCAUACUGGGAAAAAACGUUCUAAGUGUGAAAUUUGUUUUAAGCAAUUUUCUCAUAAAAGUCUUUUGAAUAAACAUUUGAGAGUGCACACUGGGGAAAAACCUCACAAGUGUGAAAUUUGUUUUAAGCAGUUUAGCGAAGCAGGCUCUUUGGAAAAACAUUUGAGAGUGCACACUGGGGAAAAACCUUACAAGUGUGAAAUUUGUUUUAAGCAGUUUAGCGAAGCAGGCAGUUUGAAAACACAUUUGAGAGUGCAUACUGGAGAAAACCCUUACAAGUGUGAAAUUUGUUUAAAGCAGUUAAGCGAAGCAGGUUCUUUGAAAAAACAUUUGAGAGUGCACACUGGCGAGAAACCUUACAAGUGUGAAAUUUGUUUUAACCAGUUUAGCGAAGCAGGCAGUUUGAAAACACAUUUGAGAGUGCACACUGGAGAAUACUCUUACAAGUGUGAAAUUUGUUUUAAGCAGUUUUCUCAGAAAAUUCAUUUGAAAACACAUUUGAGAGUGCACACUAGGGAAAAACCUUACAAGUGUGAAAUUUGUUUUAAGCAAUUUUCUCAGAAAAUUCAUUUGAAUACACAUUUGAGAGUGCACACUAGGGAAAAACCUUACAAGUGUGAAAUUUGUUUUAAGCAGUUUUCUCAGAAAAUUCAUUUGAAUAAACAUUUGAGAGUGCACACUGGGGAAAAACCUUACAAGUGUGAAAUUUGUUUUAAGCAGUUUUCUCAGAAAAUUCAUUUGAAUACACAUUUGAGAGUGCACACUGGGGAAAAACCUUAUAAGUGUGAAAUUUGUUUUACCCAGUUUAGCGAAGCAGGCAGUUUGAAAACACAUGUGAGAGUGCACACUGGAGAAUACCCUUACAAGUGUGAAAUUUGUUUUAAGCCGUUUUCUCAGAAAAUUCAUUUGAAUACACAUUUGAGAGUGCACACUAGGGAAAAACCUUACAAGUGUGAAAUUUGUUUUAAGCAGUUUUUUCAGAAAAUUUAUUUGAAUACACAUUUGAGAGUGCACACUGGGGAAAAACCUUACAAGUGUGAAAUUUGUUUUAAGCAGUUUUCUCAGAAAAUUCAUUUGAAUGCACAUUUGAGAGUGCACACUGGGGAAAAACCUUACAAGUGUGAAAUUUGUUUUAAGCAGUUUUCUCAGAAAAGUCAUUUGAAUAAACAUUUGAGAGUGCACACUGGGGAAAAACCUUACAAGUGUGAAAUUUGUUUUAAGCAGUUUAGCGAAACAGGUUCUUUGAAAAAUCAUUUGAGAGUACACACUGGGGAAAAACCUUACAAGUGUGAAAUUUGUUUGAAGCAGUUUAGCGAAGCAGGCAGUUUGAAAAUACAUUUGAGAGUGCACACUAAGGAAAAACCUUAUAAGUGUAAAAUUUGUUUUAAGCAGUUUAGCGCAGCAAUCCGUUUGAAAAUACAUUUGAGAGUGCACACUGGGGAAAAACCUUACAAGUGUGAAAUUUGUUUUAAGCAGUUUAGCGAAGCAGGCAGUUUAAAAACACAUUUGAGAGUGCACACUGGGGAAAAACCUUACAAGUGUGAAAUUUGUUUUAAGCAGUUUUCUCAGAAAAGUCAUUUGAAUAAACAUUGGAGAGUACACACUGGGGAAAAACCUUACAAGUGUGAAAUUUGUUUUAAGCAGUUUAGCGAAACAGUUUCUUUGAAAAAACAUUUGAGAGUACACAGUGGGGAAAAACCUUACAAGUGUGAAAUUUGUUUUAAGCAGUUUAGCGAAGCAGGCAAUUUGAAAAUACAUUUGAGAGUGCACACUAAGGAAAAACCUUAUAAGUGUAAAAUUUGUUUUAAGCAGUUUAGCGCAGCAUUCAGUUUGAAAAUACAUUUGAGAGUGCACACUGGGGAAAAACCUCACAAGUGUGAAAUUUGUAAAAAGCAGUUUAGCGAAGCAGGCAGUUUAAAAACACAUUUGAGAGUGCACACUGGGGAAAAACCUUACAAGUGUGAAAUUUGUUUUAAGCAGUUUUCUCAGAAAAGUCAUUUGAAUAAACAUUUGAGAGUGCACACUGGGGAAAAACCUUACAAGUGUGAAAUUUGUUUUAAGCAGUUUAGCGAAGCAGGCAGUUUAAAAACACAUUUGAGAGUGCACACUAGGAAAAACCUUAUAUGUAAAAUUGCUAGGUUGAAGUCUACUUUUGUGAUAUGUAAUAAAAUAUAAUUGUAUAAUGUCAAA